AAGUUACGUCUGAGGAUUCAUGCUCCGGAAAAUUCCGCCGUCGAUAUUUAUUGCUGCACACUUUAGGAUACUGCAUGAGUACUUUUCUGUUUUACUACCUAUUCUAGCUUGAUAAACAUCAGAUAUAAUCAUCAGGACUCGAUGCUCACUGCUGCUGGUGGAAGAGGCGCGUGUGCUGAAGACAGUGAUGCUAAAUCUUACAGCAGUAGGUUAAAGAUGAGCUUCCAGCGGUUUGAUGAUGUGGAGAAGUAUCUUCGAUUUGGGACAUACAGCAAACAUGAUAAAGCUUCUAAAGGUGUAAUUAGGAGAUGUAGCAAGAAGUUUCAUUGGAGAGAUGGUGCUCUCUGGUAUAUAGACGGCAAGCGUCAGCGUAAGGUGCUCCGCAGCGAAGAGGACGUGAGAGCCGUUCUGUUGGAGCAUCACAACAACUCAAAGCACGCAGGAAGAUCCCGGUGUCUGAAAGCCGUGUCGGAACUGUAUUACUGGCGCUCGAUAACCAAAGACAUCGGAGACUGGAUAGACAAUUGUAAAGAUUGCUCACAUCCUUCCAACCCGGUGGCAUGCUUUCAGUGCAUCGUCCCAGGGUGUGAAAGCUCCGUGCUGGCUGAUAAUGAACGAGGCAUCACGUUUCACCGGUUCCCUUUCAGCGAUGUUGAGAGACUCAGCCACUGGAUUAAGUUCUGUCAAAGAGACCGCUGGUCUCUCCACAGCAGGUCAGCUAUCUGCUCCAGACACUUCACAAAGGACUGUUUUGAUCGAAGCAGAGAGGUUGUCUACCUUAAACCUGAUGCUGUGCCCACGAUUGAAUUUUUUGUAACUCCACAGAAGGACAACAGUGAAUACUUGGAUGCUCUCCACAUGGAAUCUGGAGAUGAAGCAAAGUUUGUAGAUCAGUCUGUAGACGAGGACACUGUCCAUGUGGAGCAUCCUUAUUCCAGAGAUUCCUCCAUGCAGCGCAGCACGAGGGGAAGUGAAGUGAAGAGCAAAGUAAGCCUUCUGAGCUCCAAGUCUGAGCCUUAUUUCAGAAGAUAUGAUGCAUUGGAGAAGUACCUGCGUACGGGAGUGUACAGCAGUACACCCUACUGCACUAGGUACAUGGUCAGGAGAUGUGCCAAACGCUUUUGUCUUCAAGACGGAAUCCUGUACUAUCUGCAUGGUUCCAAGCGCAGGAAAGUUCUCCGAAACAGAGAGGAGGUGGUUGAGGUGCUAAAGGAGCACCAUGACAAACGAGGACACUUUGGUAUGAGCAGAUGUUUGAGCUCCAUAUCAGAGCUUUAUUACUGGGGCACAAUGACCAGAGACAUAGAGGAGUGGAUUGGAAACUGCCAAUUUUGCAUGAAGAUGGACGAAUCGACACAAAAAUACAGGUGUUCUGUUUACAGCUGCAAUAACUACAAUGGGCCUUUGGAGAGGACUCUGGGUCUGACGUUUCACCGAUUUCCGUUCGAUAAUCCUGAGCGUCUUAACCAGUGGAUCAGAAGCCUGCGCAGGAUGAACUGGCGGCCCCGGCCCAGGUCUGUCGUGUGUUCUACUCACUUCACAGAGGACUGCUUUGAGCACUCAGAAGGCUUGGUUUGUCUCAAACCUUAUGCAGUUCCCACCCUGCUCCUCUGUACCUCACAGGAUAAGGAAGAUUUUUCACAAGGUAUGACUGAAGGAGGCGGUUCUUCAGAGGUGACAGACGGCUCAAGUACCCAGCAUGCUUUUUUCUCAAAGUAUGAUGCAGUUGAGAAAUAUCUAAAAGGGAAAGGCUAUCCACCUGGACUCACCUCUGUGGAGAAAAACACCUUCAGGAGACUCUGCUCAAGAUUCGCCAUCCAUGAUGGCUUCCUGUUCUAUUUGUCAGGCAGAGGCACUCAGAAACACGGGAGGCGCAGGGUGGUGAGGAGCAGAGAGGAGGUGCACUCAACUCUCACCAUCUAUCACAAUGACAUGAACCAUCUAGAACUAGAGAAGUGUUUGAAGCUCAUCUCUCAGCACUUCUUCUGGGGCUCCAUGAGGGCAGAUGUUGCUCUGUGGAUUCAGCGCUGCCUCCCGUGUUCCAGCUCUGACAAAGAACAUGGCGUAGAUUCCAGUGUCUCUACUGUACAUCCAGAGCCUUUAGAGAAAAUUCUGGAUACAAACAGUCAAGCACUGAUAAAUGGUGUUCUGACAACUGAAAAAGACCUACAGCUGUCAAUCACGGAGUUGGCUAUUCCGCAGUGUCUAAUCAUCACCACGCCUGAGAUCCUUACUCCAACUCAACCUCACAGCACCUCUGCUGCUGAUGAAACAAUCCUUGGAUUAACUGACUCUGUAACAAGUUUCAGUGGAAUACUCAGCGGUGCCAUUAGUUCUUAUCAGCUGCUUGAGGGUUCAGCACUUGAGCAGAGAAAGAACAGCAUGAGUGCCAGGACUGUGGUUCAACAGUGUACUCAUGCCUUACUACAGGUUAAGCCUCAGACAUCUGAUGCAGACUCUGAAUGGGUCGAGAUUCGUGAUGGAAUUGUCAUCUACGUAUGCUUUUAUAAAGGUGCUACUGAGAAAAUCAUUCCUAAAAUGGUAAACACCUUGCUCAAUGCAGCGUUCAUUCCUGUGAGUACGGACAGGCAUGUAUCCAUCAUGGAGCUUCCGGGGAAUGUGAUGAUCAUUCCCCAAGACACCAUGACUGGUGUAGUUAAAGGCAGCAGUGUGCAGCACCAUGAUGCCAUUGAAAGCUGGAAAGGCCUUCAUUUCUAUGAACAAUUUGUCACUCAGUGUGAGAAUGAGUUGGCUACAUCAGCGAAGUGCACCGAGGCUGAGGUGGUCGUCAGGCAUGGAGUGUAUGGAAGCAUGCAAACUUUAUACCUUAACAGCAAUGCACCUCUUACUCAUGUACUCGAGUUUUAAUCGAGAGUUCACAUUUCAAAAGCUUUCUUAACAUGUUCAUACAGAAUGUAGAGUUUUAUCUGUUACUACUGGUUAUUUUGAAAUGUUUAACUGAGGUACAGUAUAUUUUGAGAUGUUUACUUAACCUGAAAAUAAAUUGUUUACAUAGACAGACAGAUUUAAGCAAUUUUCUGACGUAUGUUAGUUUUCCAAUUUUUUACCAUUUUUAUGUAGCAGUGACUUUCUAUAAAUUAUUAUUAUUUUAUUAUUAAAAUGUUAUUAAAUAAUGAAUAUGGGAUUAAAGUACAGACAAUCAUCUUUACAUUUACCUUUAGUUUAAGGGUAUUUAUAUCCAAAUCAGGUAAAGGAUGUAGUAAAUAUGGCACUCAUAUAUAGUCCACCAUACACUUUUUUAAGAAAGAAAGAAACCUAAAUUAAUUGGACGCACUAAAAUAUUAAUUGUGAUUUAAAUACUCUGAAACCAUACAGUUCUGUAAGCUCUCACAAUAUUUUGAGGUGACAUCCUUAGUAUCCUUGGCAGUUCCUUCCGGUCUCCAUUUCUCCUUUUCUCUUCUAUCAUUCUGGUAGAAGUUGAUCUUUGUUUUUUUAAUUUAAUCCUCCUAUUUUGUGUAACUUAGCCUUUCUAUGUACCCAAUCAGGGGCGUAGAUUACGCGGGGGACGCGGGGGACAUGUCCCCCUCACUUUUUAUAAAAAGUAAAUUCGUCCCCCUCACUUUUUUAGUGGAGAGUUGUGUUCACCACAUGUUGAGGUUUUAAUGGAGCAAUGUAUAUAAAUGCAGUGAUUUAAAAUUCAAAGAGACAAGAAAGUUUAAGAUAGACAUUUCGUCCCCCCACUUUUUAAAUGAUGGCAACGCUCCUGUACCCAAUAGUUGACUGGUGAUUUUACUCUGAUAGCUUUCUCUCUCUGAUGGGUUUGUUUUAAUAUUUCAGCCUAAUGAUGGCUUUUGCUCACAGCGAUUGAUUCUGAUGCAAAUCCACUCCCGACCUGCUUAUGAAAAAAUAA